AUGUCUACUACUACUAUUAGCCCAAAAUUGGUGUGUCUUGGUAACCCUUUGCUGGACAUUCAGGCGACCGUGACCGAAGAAUACUUGGCCAAAUACGAUUUGAAGGCUAACGAUGCGGUUCUGGUUGACGCCAGCUCGGACGAGCCCAAGAUGGCCAUUUUCGAAGAACUUUUGCAGUUCAAAGACGUCAAAUUCAUCGCUGGUGGUGCGGCCCAGAACACCGCUAGAGGUGCGGCAUACAUGCUAGGAAAGGACCAGGUGGGCUAUUUCGGAUCUGUCGGCAAGGACACUUACUCUGCCAAGCUUUUGGCUGAGAACAAGGCCGCAGGCGUGGUCUCUUACUACCAGGAACAGUCCACAGUUGGCACCGGUAAAUGUGCCGCUCUGAUCACUGGUCACAACAGAUCUCUGGUCACCGACCUUGGUGCUGCCAACCACUUCACCCCCGACCACCUCGACAAGCACUGGUCUGUUGUGGAGCAAGCCAAGCUGUUCUACGUCGGUGGCUUCCACUUGACGGUCUCUCCAGAGGCUAUUGUGAAGCUCGGAAAACAUGCCCAAGAGACUGGCAAACCUUUAGUGUUGAACCUCAGCGCUCCAUUCAUUCCUCAGUUUUUCAAGGCUGCCUUGGAGCAAGCUUUGCCAUACACCACAUAUGUAAUCGCCAAUGAAUCCGAAGCUGCUGCAUACGCCGAGUCUUUUGGUGUAAAGUGUAAGUCCGACGACUUGGUUUCCAUUGCCAAGCACAUCGUUGGUGACUCCAAGACUAGAACCGUCAUCUUCACCCACGGUUUGGAACCUACUGUGAUUGUGUCUGCUCAAGGCGAACAGACCCGUGCCGUUAAGGCUUUGCCAGAGGAGAAAAUUGUCGACACCAACGGUGCUGGUGACGCUUUCGCUGCUGGCUUCAUGGCCGGUUUGACCGAGGGCAAGAACCUCGACCAAUCUGUUGAUAUGGGGCAAUGGCUAGCCGCUCUAUCCAUCCAAGAAGUUGGUGCUGCUUACCCAACCGAGAAAUUGACCUACCAGGCCUAA